GAAGCAGUGUUUAGUGACGCCUGCUAUGGCUGAGUUGGCGCCUGUGACAGCGGAGUCGCUCGCGGGCAGCGGGGCGCGGGCGGCGCGCACGGUUCUAAACCAGGUGGUGCUCCCGGGAGAGGAGCUGCUGCUGCCGGAAGAGGAGGACGCGGACGGCGCUGGCGGGGCCGGGGAGCGGCCGUUACGCCUGGAUGCUGGGGUGCGCUCGCGCGUGCGCGUGGUGUGCGGCCCGGGCUUGCGGCGCUCUGGCGACCGCCUUCUGGUCACCAAGUGCGGCCGCCUCCGCCACAAGGAGCCCAGCAGUGGCAGUGGAGGUGGCGUUUACUGGGUGGACUCGCAGCAGAAGCGGUAUGUUCCAGUGAAAGGAGACCACGUGAUUGGCAUAGUGACGGCUAAAUCUGGAGAUAUAUUCAAAGUUGACGUUGGAGGGAGUGAGCCAGCUUCUUUGUCUUACUUGGCAUUUGAAGGUGCAACGAAAAGAAACAGACCUAAUGUGCAGGUUGGCGAUCUCAUCUAUGGCCAGUUUGUGGUUGCUAAUAAAGAUAUGGAACCAGAGAUGGUCUGCAUUGACAGCUGUGGACGAGCCAACGGGAUGGGUGUGAUUGGACAAGACGGGCUGCUUUUUAAAGUGACUUUAGGCUUAAUUAGAAAGCUGUUAGCUCCGGAUUGUGAGAUCAUACAGGAAGUGGGAAAACUCUAUCCACUGGAGAUUGUAUUUGGAAUGAAUGGAAGAAUAUGGGUUAAGGCCAAGACCAUUCAACAGACAUUAAUUUUAGCAAACGUUUUAGAAGCUUGUGAACAUAUGACAGCGGAUCAAAGGAAACAGAUCUUCUCCAGAUUGGCAGAAAGUUGAUGUAUGUGGACUUUUUUAAUGGAUCAGUUGAGCCAAGAGACUGUGGGUUUCCUGGGGGAAACUUUUUUCAGGUAAACCUCUUGUUAAAUCUUCAGAAGACAAGAUGUAAAUGUAUAUUGUCUUAUUAGAGUCCUAAGUAUUUUUGUAAGAAAGUUACUGAUUUUUACUCAUGCUCUGUUGGUGAGAAUAACUAUAAAAUUGUAACUUUUUUGUUCUGUACAAUAAAGUUUACUAAA